AGGGCAGGGGAGGAGCCGCGCGGCGGGGCCGAGCCGAGCCGGGACAGCCCGCAAAGGGCUGCGGAAAAGCCGGGACCGAGCCGCAGGUGGGGCGGGAGGCGGCCGCCGUAACCCCCCCCCCUCCACCACCACCACCUCCAAAGGCCGGGGGGGGCGCCGCGAUGAGGUGAAGCCGCCGAGGGGGGGUGGGGGGGGGCCGGGGCGGCAGCGGGGCGCUCGCAGGUGGGAGCGGAGCCCGGCGGCGGGGAGCGCGGCCCCGGGGGUGCGGGCGGGCCGGGGCAGCUCCUGCCCGUGCCGGGCCGUCCCCUCCUCCGCUGGCCCGGCGCCCGCCGUGCGGGGUUGUGGCGGUGCGCUGAGCCGAGCCGCGGGGCUGCUUCCUCCUGGAGGCGGCGGCGAGGAGCCGGAGCCGGCGAUGGACGGGGGCAGCGAGGCCGAGCUGGGCGGCAGCAGCGCGGCGCCGCUGUGGAAGAGGAGGGCGACGCCGCGGCAGCACGGCCGGGGCAAGCCGCGGCCGCAGUCGUACCAGAGCCCCAGCGGGGUGCUCGUCACCGACUUCCCGGUGGAGGACAGGUGCGCCUUCACCGUCACCCAGCCCGCUGAAACCAUCUGCACCCGCCCGCCACGGACGGCGCCCCCCUGCUUCGGCUCCGAGCCGGCCCCGGCGCCCAACGGGACCCUGCGGCCCCCCGGCUGCCCCGAGCAGCCCCCUCGCCUCCCGUCGCCGGGCCCCGCCGGCCCCCUCGGGCUCGCGGAGAACGGCACGGCCGCCCCGCAGGGCCGGCAGCCGGCUCGGGGGUCCCGGAGGGCUCCCAGCCCCCGGCAGCGGAGCGCAGCCAGCCCCGGCCCGCAGCUCCCGGCCGCUGGAAAUGAGCUCUCCCCGAGCGGCGGGCAGCCCGGGCAGCCUUAUAAGAACCCCGAGCAAGUGCCAGCGGGGCCCGCCGCCGUCUCCCGGGCGAUUUCCCCGGAGCAAGACUUAACUCCUCAGGGCCCGGCCCCCGAGGGGCAGCUCCCGGAGCAGCCAGCCGUCGUCCUGAGCACCAACAGCCCCGCCGCGCUCAAAGUGGGCACGCAGCAGCUCAUCCCCAGGAGCUUGGCGUCCGACAUCAAGGUGACGAGCAAAAGCGGCGGCCACAAUGCGGAGGCCAACAGGAGGGUGCUCAAGGUCCGCAGCAUGGUGGAGAGCCUCAGCGUGCCCCUGGUAGCCGACGGCGAGGAGGAGGCCGAGGGGGACCUGGACAGCCCGGGGGCGCUGAGACGCGGCUUGCGCUCCACCUCGUACCGCAGGGCCGUAGUGAGCGGCAUCGACUUCGACAGCUCGUCCAACUUCAAGAAGAAGAACAGGAUGUCUCAGCCCAUCCUUAAAGCGGUGGUUGAAGAUAAAGAGAAAUUCUCAAGCUUGGGGAGGACAAAGAAGAAAACGCUGAAAGGACAAGGGACAUUUGAUGGGGAAGAAAACAAUGUGUUAUAUCAGAACUAUAAAGAAAAAGCGCUGGAUAUAGAUUCUGAUGAAGAGUCUGAGCCCCGAGAGCAGAAAUCAGAUGAAAAGGUUGUUUUUCACUAUAAGCCCCUGAGAUCAACGUGGAGUCAGCUGUCAGUUGUGAAAAAGAAUGGGUUAUUGGAAACAAUCAGCCAGGAAGAAAGAAAAAGACAAGAGGCAAUAUUUGAAGUGAUAUCUUCUGAGCAUUCUUACUUGCUGAGCCUGGAGAUUCUGAUCCGGAUGUUUAAAAAUUCCAGAGAACUGAGCCUCACCAUGACCAAAACGGAGAGCCAUCACCUUUUCUCCAAUAUCACGGAUGUUUACGAAGCAAGUAAAAAGUUCUUCAAAGAACUUGAAGCAAGACAUCAGAACAACAUCUUUAUUGAUGAUAUUAGUGAUAUAGUGGAAAAGCAUAGUGCUUCAACGUUUGAUCCAUAUGUAAAAUAUUGCACUAAUGAAGUCUAUCAGCAACGAACGCUUCAGAAAUUGCUAGCUACAAAUCCAGCAUUUAAAGAGGUGUUAUCACGGAUUGAGUCCCAUGAAGACUGCAGGAAUUUACCAAUGAUCUCUUUCCUCAUUCUUCCCAUGCAGAGAGUAACUCGUCUUCCCUUAUUAAUGGAUACUAUUUGCCAGAAAACUCCUAAAGAUUCACCAAAAUACGAGAACUGCAAGCAAGCUCUGAAAGAAGUGAGCAAGUUGGUGCGUUUGUGCAAUGAAGGUGCUCGGAAGAUGGAAAGGACAGAAAUGAUGUACACAAUUAACUCCCAGCUGGAAUUUAAAAUCAAGCCAUUUCCAUUGGUUUCUUCUUCACGAUGGCUAGUGAAAAGGGGUGAAUUAACAGCAUACGUAGAAGACACUGGACUUUUUUCUAAAAGGACUUCUAAACAGCAGGUGUACUUUUUCCUUUUUAACGAUGUCCUCAUUAUCACCAAGAAGAAGAGUGAAGAGAGUUACAAUGUCACAGAUUAUUCUUUAAGGGAUCAGCUCGUGGUACAACAGUGUGACAGUGAGGACCUGACCUCUUCUCCUGUAAAGAACACUUCAGCUAUGCUGUACUCGCGGCAGAGCGCUACAGUGUACCUCUUCAGAUUGGCAGUCCUCAGUAACCACGCAGGAGAGAAGGUGGAGAUGCUCUUGGGAACAGACACUCAAAGUGAAAGAGCUCGCUGGAUUACGGUGCUUGGGCAAGACAGAGAUGGGCAGAAGACUGACAGAACGACUUUGACUCAGGUAGAGAUCAUCAGAACUUACACAGCAAAGCAGUCGGACGAGCUGUCUCUCCAAGUUGCUGAUGUUGUUCUGGUUUAUCAAAAAGUGAAUGAUGGCUGGUAUGAAGGGGAACGCCUGCGGGAUGGGGAAAGAGGCUGGUUUCCCAUGGAGUGUGCUAAGGAAAUCACGUGUCGUGCCACGAUCGACAAGAACAUGGAGCGGAUGGGACGCUUACUUGGACUUGAAACAAAUGUGUAGAUGGUUUUUGCUUCUUGAUACUGUACUAGAGGAUUUGCACUAACUGCUGUCAGCGGGGAAUGGCUGCGUGCACUACAGCUCUCACAUGGAAGACGUGGGUCACAGAUGUGUAAAAUCUGGUAACAGAGCACUGAUGUUUCAGACAGCCUAUUUUGGUUUGCAUUUCGAGAGCUCUGAACUGAUGCCUGGCUUGAACUGUAGCAGAUUUCAACUAGAAGUAGUUUCUUAGGCACUGGAGAUCAGCUUUGCAUUUUUUUUCCCGUUUUCCCUUUCAACUUCAGUUCCUUCAUCCCUGCUCUUUACUUACUCUUCUGCCACUCUUUCUUGAUCAUUUUGACUUCCUUUCUUUCAAAAUUGGGCCUUGCUGUAGCAGACCGAGCACCAGAAACUCACCACAUCUAUACGCUGAGCUGGAGGUGAACAGGAGCAUAACAGUGGGGGGAGUUCCUGUUCCUUGGAACCUGCAGCUGUAAGCUCCCAGUACAGGACUGGGGAUUUAAGGGGAUGCUUCCCAGCUGUGUCAGAAUCCUUGUUUCAUGUAAUUCAGAAGGGCUUACCUCUCCAGCACAAAGCCAGGGAGGAGCCAGAUUUGCUAAGAGUGAAUGAGAUCGCUGCAAUCUCUGUGGGUGAAGCUGACACAAGGUAAGAGCCAGAGACGUGCUGCUUGUGGUGGUGGCCUCCAGUACUGGGCGUGGGUACUCAGUCACGCAGCUCAGGCGUUUUGGUGCUCUGGUGUUGAGAUUUCUGAAAGCAAGCAAGAAGUACCAAACUGUACCAAGUACAUAGUGACGCUGAGGGUCUUGUUCUCAGAUCCAUUUUAUCACAACUAUCAGCCUCAACUUGGGCUUGUUUUCAUUAAGAACAGCCUUGGUGGGAGCAGUUGUUAGCUCUCUUAGCUCCCCCUGGCAGGUGUAUCUUAUGGUGUUUCUUCCAGUAAUUUUUUUUAAAGCUCAUGGGCUUUGCCAAAUGAACAAACCUUUCUGUCUCGUGUCUGCUGUCUGUCCUCUACUCUGACGGCUCUUUUACCUCUGAAUGCCUUCUUGGCAGCAUGGUUGCUUAUCCAGUACCUUGCAGUAGGUUGCACCUUUAAAGCUUAAACCUUAUUUUCAAUACAAAGUAAUUUCAAGCUGCAGAAAAGUAGCCCUCUGCAUAACACAAUGUGGUUUUUCCCACUAGCAUCAUCACUGUUGAGUCUUAAAUGCCACUGCUCUGGUUCAGAAUUCAGGUGUCUGGACUCACAGGAUUUUUUUGAUUUUUUUAAAGGACUGUAUAACUGCUGGAAAUGUGUCCAUUUUGUUUCAGUUUUCUCCAGGUGUUUUGCUAGGUCUUUCUAUUAAGUUAUUGCUGUAGAGCAAGGGUUUUGAUGGAGACUGCAGAAAACAUGAAGUACAUUCUUCUGUUUAUUUUUUUUCUUCCUUUUUGGUCUUCUGUGCUAGAGGAGAUUGAUUAUUUCCUUCUGUGGAGGCAAAAAGUUCAACUGAACUUCAGUUUACUGACCUUCCUCUUUAGCAUUUGUCAGCGUGUUGAAGCCACACGCACAAAAAGAGGGAGCUGUAAGACCUGUAGGGACCUAAGCGGCCAGGUCUCUGCUCAUCUCCGCUGUACGAGGUAAGAGCACCACUGAGGAAGGACGUGGGAGCUGAGAGCUCAGCCCCUGGGGUAACGUAGUUAUAGCCUGGUGUCCUGUCAGCACCUUCCUGACUGCCACCCGAGGGGUGCCCAGCUGGGUGCUGCCACACGCUUCUCAGCUCCCGAGAAGCCCUCUCACCAUUGCACUACCUGCACCACCUAGAUUUUUGCAGCUGCAGUUUAGCUUUGGAAUUUCACAGAAAAAAAACAAACAACCACUAAAUAGUGUGUGAAGAAAAUGCACUAAAAAUGAAGUAAGGUUCAGUGCAUCAUUUCUGUAUAUCCGUGUGACAGGUUGUACUAUAAAAACCUUCAUUUAAGGACGAGCUGGUAAGUUAACAGGCUUCAAUACCUGCUAAAUAAAAACAAGGCAAAAAGUUAUAGUACAAAGGCUUUCUUCUUGUCACAGUCCCAGUCUUUUUUAUAAAAGGGUGGUGUUUAUAUUCUGUACUAUGGUGAUCUGUGAGUGACUUUGUUUAUAAACAUGUACCUCUAUAACAAUUGAAAGUCGAUUAGGCAAUAAUUUUGUACAAAAAUCCUUACCUUGAUAGUCUGACAGUGGUUUUACAGCCUUUUGAAUUAAUUUAUAAGUGGACUGAUAAAAUGGUAAUGGUAUAAACUGUAAAUUGAACAAAGUCUUAUUUAACAUAGUAAAAAUACUGCUAAUAUUUUAACAAAGAGUUUAUUGUACACAGGCAGAUGUUUAACAAAACUGAAUGUAUAAAUCCAGGCAUUAAUUUUAUUCAGAUUUUUAAUACUGUAUAUAUUUUUUCAUACCUUGUCUUUCCAAAUAAUGUUUUAAAAGCCAUUUUUCCUACUCUCAGACACAGUUCUUCAGGAAUUAAAGACAGUUAUGAUUUUAUAGGACAACAAUCAAUAAAAUCUUUUUAAAUCCUUACUAAAAAAAAAAAA